AUGGAGACGUUUAUCUCCAACUCUGUAACUGCAAAUACAAAAUCAACACUUUUCGAUGACAAUAAUCUAUUCCCAGCUUUUGUUGCCCUAGAUCUUCUACAACUUGAAGUGCUUGAUAUAUCUUUUUGUGGGAUCCUAGAGGAAAUUGUUGCCAAAGAGGAUGGAGUGGAAGAAGAUCUGAACUUUGUGUUUCCAAAAAUAACCUCUCUUCAAUUUUGGAGGUUACCAGAGCUCAAGAGAUUCUAUCCAGGAAGACAUACUCUAGAAUUGUCGACGCUGGAAAAGCUGAAAGUGUUUCAUUGUGACAAAAUGACAGUAUUUGAUUCAGAACUUCAAACCUUAGAAGGACCGCCGUGUAGGGAGAAACAGCUUGAAAUCCAAGUUCACCAACCACUCUUCUCCUUUAUUAAGUUGAUAGCAGCUCAGGAAAACAACGCAAACUCAAAAGGUAACAAGCCUCCCAAAUCUCCCACUGUCGAGCAACUGAAAAACAAAGCUGCGUCCAUAACUAAAUCUACAAAUGAUGGAACCUCACACCCUAUAAUCAUUCCCAACUUGUUGGAAUUAUCAUUAAGCAGCAAAGAAGCUACAAUCAUAAGGCAAGGCCAGUUUCCGGUGGACAUCCUUCGCAAACUAACAGUCCUCGAAUUGCAAUGCUUUCAUGAGGAAUCGGCAGUUUUUCCGUUUGAUCUCCUAAUUCAGAGAGUCCACAAUCUGGAAAAACUUGUUGUAAGACAUGGUCUGUUCAAAGAGCUGUUCUCAAGUGGACUUGUUGGUGAGGAGAAACAUGCAAUGACACUUGCACGGAUAAAAUGCCUAAAACUUGUUUGGCUUCCCAAUCUGGAGCGUAUUUGGAAUCAAGGUUUGCUAGUGGACCAACUCAUUAAAAAUCUUGAAAAGUUAGAAGCAUGGAGAUGCUACAGUUUGACCAAUUUAGCACCAUCUACCGCAUCAUUCCAAAAUCUAAGAUCGCUGGAUGUUUGGCAAUGCAAAGGAUUGAUAUAUUUAAUAGCAUCCAGAAGUCUUGUGCAACUCACUGCAAUGACUGUAAGAGAAUGCGAGGUGAUAACAGAGAUUGUAGCAAAUGAGGGAGAUGAAUUAGAAAAUGAGAUUAUUUUCAGGAAAUUGGAAAGUAUGAGACUGGAUUGUUUAGCAAGCCUCACUAGCUUCUGCUCAGCAAAUUUCACCUUCAAAUUCCCAUCUUUGACAGAAGUCAUUGUGAAACAGUGCCCUAAAAUGGAGACAUUUUCUCAACGAGUCUUAAGCGCACCAAAGCUGCAAAGAGUAUUGUGGCUAACAGGAGAAAAACAGAAAGGGUAG